AUACUGAGGGUCGGUAGUUUUUUUUUGUGUAAAAGUAUUUGAAUUAAUUGGAAAUAACGUGUGCCGUGCCACUGUUUUGAUACAGCCGGCUAGCUAGCUGAGUUCAAGCUAAUGUAGCUAGCCAGCAAGCAAGCCAACAAAUACAUGUGAAGCUAUGCCAACUAUGCUAGCAAGCUAUGCUACACUAGUUCAUUCGAUGUGGUUAGCUAGCUGUACUUUCUAACAUUCUAGCUAGUCAGAAAUCGCCAUUCUUCAACCUUGUUUUUUUGUGAGACCACCAGCUAGCCAGCAUGUCUGACGUUAUUGAAGAGAAGAUAAAGAACUACAGGACGGCUCCCUUCGACGCCCGCUUCCCCAACACCAACCAGACCCGCAACUGCUUUCAGAACUAUCUGGACUUCCACAGGUGCAACAAGGCUUUGUCAGACAAGGGCCAGGAUGUGGCUCCCUGUGACUGGUACCAGAGGGUCUACAAGAGUAUCUGUCCCAUGAGCUGGGUCGCCAAGUGGGAUGACCAGAUAGAGGCCGGAAGCUUUCCCGGGAAGAUCUAGAAUGGCUGACCCUGACAGUUUCGACCUCAGGACAUUCUGUUAGCCACACCUUCAACUUUGACCCCUGUAGCGUGCCUAAGGACAUGUGUUGACCACGUACCACACCAUUCUAAAUGUUAUUAACAGUGUUACUAAUGUUUAUAAUGUUACGAACACUUAAUAAAAAGAUGCACACGUUUUGAACCUGUC